AUGUUGGGUGGUUGCAGUCUGCCAUUUUUCAUGGCGUGGAACAACGAACCUGAACCGGAGCCAGAGCCCGAGUCUCUGGUUGAUGCCAUGGUCGAAGUCAUGGAUGGCAGUGACACCGAAGGCCCCGACUUUCAAAUCAAUGACAAGGAAUAUCAGGACCAGAAUUGUAGAGGAAAGUUGAUUCCUGAUAUGAGAAAGCUAGUGGACCUCUCCUGGAUGGCGAAAACACCUCAGUCGAAAGCCCCAAACAACUCAAACGAUUUGAAACUCAAUACACCCAUGCAGGUCAUGUGCGAGGCCGAGGCCGAGGAUGAUGCAAGCGAUGACGAUCACAAGCUCACUGCAGACAUUGGGCUUUGUCGUGGAUGUUCUUCUUUAUCCCAGGUGAAGGUUCACUGGGACGAGGAAUCAGGUGACGGUGAAGUCGAGGUGGAAGUUGACAUGCCGGAAGAUAUCACCCUGAAGCCGCCUGUGACCAAACCGCCAGCAACCAUCUUAAAGUCAAAGCACGUUACCUUCACAGAAGAGUGUACAGAUCAUCUGCGAAAUGAGUUGCAUGCAUUCUUGAAGAAGCAGAAAAAGAAAGGAAAGUCAAGGAAGGUCAAAAAGGAACUCAAAAAGCACCUCAAAAAGGCCUUGAUUGAAUUCAUAAGUUCAAAGGCAGAGGCUGCCGACGGUACCCGCACUACCAAGAAGCAGUUUGAGAAGGCUGUUGGUGAGAUGAUUAACAAAGCCAUACUCGAAGAUCAAGAGAUGAAUGAUACGUCUGAGCGUGCUGGACCAGAAGCAAAGGAGAGUAAAAAGAAGAAGAAAGAAAGGAAGGAUAAGAAGAAACGUGACAAGUCCAAGAAGAAGGAUGCUGGAAGGGCCGCACACGUUGAGGAAGUUGAAGAAACCAAAGAUAUCGCGCAUCAACAGCAUCAUGCCAUGGAUGUUGCACAACAGCAGACUGCUCAAACGGAAGUAUCUGGAAGUGUCGUCGUCAACCCGAUCGAAUCUUCCCGGUUUGAACCACUAGAAGAGCAACUGCUUACACGUGACAUUUCUGCUCUCAGCAAGGUAUCCGUGGCCAGCAGUAUGGGAAGUUCCUCAAAGUUGUCUUCUCUCGAGAGCCUCAUUCAAGCCGAGUAUCAACGACUUCAGGACCUCGAGGAUGCCCUCGACGCACAGAGAGAGCUGAAGGAGAAGGCGGAACUCGAAGAGAGGAUGAGGAUGCAACGCCAGGAAGAUGCCAGAAGAAAAGCCCUUGAAAGCAACAAGGAAGCUGUAAUCGUCAAUGACGAGCCCCUUGUUCAGUCUGAAACAAGGAGUGUCGAAACCAACGGUUCACGAGGUGAAGGUAGCAACGAGGAUGUAAGAGAGCAAGCCUCCAAGUCUACCGCUAGCGAGGAAUCUCCCCCGAAAGAGAUCACCGUCAAGCAGAAAGAGCUGGAAGAAGAAAUAGCAACCGAGCUUGCCAAGCUGCAAGCCUUGCAAAACGAUUUUGUUUCAAAGGUACAAAUGGCCAAGGUUGACCGUGAGUCUGUCUUGAAGUCGGAUCUAUUCGCCAAGAACGUUUUCAGUGGUCAUGCUGCACAGAGCGACCAAAAGAAUCAAGACGAGGACGGCCAGGUUCGAGGUGAACUGCGACGUCUUCGAGAAGAGCAGAAGGCACUCUUUGCCAGAAGCCGUGAGCUGAUGCAACGGGACGAAGUAUACUGA